AUGUCUGGCAAAGGAAAAGGUGGCAAAGUCGGAGGAAAGUCUGGCGGAAAGGCUUCGACUGGUGGUGCUGACGCAAAGGGCGCCUCUCGCUCGUCUCGUGCUGGUCUCCAGUUCCCCGUUGGUCGUAUCCACCGUAUGUUGAAGCGCGGAAACUAUGCCCAACGUGUUGGUGCUGGUGCUCCAGUCUACCUCGCGGCUGUCCUCGAAUACCUCGCCGCUGAGAUUCUCGAACUCGCAGGCAAUGCUGCCCGUGAUAACAAGAAGCAACGUAUCGUCCCACGACACCUUCAGCUCGCCAUCCGCAACGACGAGGAAUUGAACAAGCUCCUCGGCGACGUCGUCAUCUCCCAAGGUGGUGUCGUUCCACAUAUCGCACCCGAGCUCCUCCCGUCGAAGACCAAGAACUACGAGGAAUAG